CCAGGGAGGGACCUGGGUAGACGGAGAAGCCGGAAACAGCGGGCUGGGGCAGCCACUGCUUACACUGAAGAGGAAGGCCAGGAGAUUGUGUGUGUGUGUGUGUGUGUGUGUGUUCUUCCUUUUUGUUUCUUUUUGGUGGUGGUGGUGGAGGAGGAGGGUAGGUGUUCUAGCAGGGCCAGCCCUGAACUCGCUGGACAGCAACAGACUCAUGGGGCCUGGCAGUGCCCGCUGAGAGAGGAAGACAGCAAAAAGGUUGCCAAGGCACCCUCCAAAUCCCAGAUCAUGUCUCUGUGGGGUCUGGUCUCCAAGAUGCCCCCAGAAAAACUGCAGCGGCUCUACGCUGACUUUCCUCAACACCUGCGGCAUCUCCUAGGUGACUGGCUGGAGAACCAGCCCUGGGAGUUCCUGGUCGGCUCAGAUGCUUUCUGCUGCAACAUUGCUAGCGCCCUACUCUCAGCCACUGUCCAGCGCCUUCAGGCCUCGGCAGGAGAGCAGGGGGAGGGGAGCACCAUCUUGCAACACAUCAGCACCCUGGAGGGCAUAUAUCAGAGGGACCCCCUGAAGCUGGUGGCCACUUUCAGACAAAUAAUUCAAGGAGAGAAAAAAGCUGUUAUGGAACAGUUCCGCCACUUGCCAAUGUCAUUCCACUGGAAACAGGAAGAACUCAAGUUUAAAACAGCCCUGCAGAGGCUGCAGCACCGCUUGAGGGAGACCCGUCUUCUCCGAGAAACCCUGCCGGGGGGUGAGGCUGGCCAAGUGCCCCUGCACACCCUGAUAGAAACUCCUGCGAGUGGGACAGGGUCAAGUGAGGCCUUGGCUGGGCUGUUGCAAGAGACCGUGGGGGAGCUGGAGGCAGCAGAAGCCCUGGUGCUGAAGAGGAUCCAGAUUUGGAAGCGACAGCAACAGCUGGCAGGAAAUGGUGCACCUUUUGAGGAGAGUCUGGCCCCGCUACAGGAGAGGUGUGAAAGCCUGGUGGACAUUUAUUCCCAGCUACAACAGGAGGUAGGGGCUGCUGGUGGGGAGCUUGAGCCCAAGACCCGAGCAUCACUGAUUAACCGGCUGGAUGAAGUUCUGCAAACCCUUGUCACCAGCUCUUUCCUGGUGGAGAAGCAGCCCCCACAGGUUCUGAAGACUCAGACCAAGUUCCAAGCAGGGGUACGAUUCCUGCUGGGCCUGCGGUUCCUGGGGACCCCAGCCAAGCCUCCACUGGUCCGGGCUGACAUGGUGACUGAGAAGCAAGCGAGGGAGCUGAGCAUGCCACAGGGGCCCGGGGCUGGACCAGAAAGCACUGGCGAGAUCAUGAACAACACGGUGCCCUUGGAGAACAGCAUUCCUGGGAACUGCUGCUCUGCCUUGUUCAAGAACCUGCUUCUGAAGAAAAUCAAGCGGUGUGAGCGGAAAGGCACCGAGUCAGUCACCGAGGAGAAGUGUGCUGUGCUCUUCUCCACCAGCUUUACACUCGGCCCCAACAAAGUCCCCAUCCAGCUCCAGGCCCUGUCUCUGCCCCUAGUGGUCAUUGUCCAUGGCAACCAAGACAACAAUGCCAAAGCCACCAUCCUGUGGGACAAUGCCUUCUCUGAGAUGGAUCGUGUCCCCUUUGUGGUGGCUGAGCGGGUGCCCUGGGAGAAGAUGUGUGAAACUCUAAACCUAAAGUUCAUGGCUGAGGUGGGGACCAACCGGGGACUGCUCCCAGAGCACUUCCUUUUCCUGGCCCAGAAGAUCUUCAAUGACAGCAGCCUGAGCAUGGAGGCUUUCCAGCACCGUUCUGUGUCCUGGUCCCAGUUCAACAAGGAGAUCCUUCUGGGCCGUGGCUUUACCUUUUGGCAAUGGUUCGAUGGUGUAUUAGACCUCACCAAACGCUGUCUCCGAAGCUACUGGUCAGACCGGCUGAUCAUUGGCUUCAUCAGCAAACAGUAUGUUACUAACCUUCUUCUCAACGAGCCCGAUGGAACCUUUCUCCUCCGCUUCAGUGACUCAGAGAUUGGGGGCAUCACCAUUGCCCAUGUCAUCCGGGGUCAGGAUGGCUCCCCACAGAUAGAGAACAUCCAGCCAUUUUCUGCCAAAGACCUGUCCAUUCGCUCCCUAGGGGACCGAAUCAGGGAUCUUGCUCAGCUCAAAAAUCUCUACCCCAAGAAACCCAAGGAUGAAGCUUUCCGGAGCCACUACAAGCCUGAACAGAUGGGUAAGGAUGGCAGGGGUUACGUCCCAGCUACCAUCAAAAUGACUGUGGAAAGGGAUCAGCCACUUCCUGCCCCAGAGCCCCAGAUGCCUACCAUGAUGCCCUCUUAUGACCUUGGAAUGGCCCCUGACUCCUCCAUGACCAUGCAGCUUGGCCCAGAUACCGUGCCCCAGGUGUACCCACCACACUCUCACUCCAUCCCCUCGUAUCAAGGCCUCUCGCAAGAAGAAUCAGUCAGUGUGCUGCCAGCCUUUCAGGAGCCUCACCUGCAGAUCCCCCCAAGCCUGAACCAGAUGAGCCUGCCCUUUGACCAGCCUCACCCGCAGGGCCUGCUCCAGUGCCAGCCUCAGAAGCACACUGUGUCCAACCCUGAGCCCCUGCUCUGCACAGAUGUGACCAUGGCUGAAGACAGCUGCCUGAGCCAGCCAGUGGGAGGGUUUCCUCAGGGUACCUGGAUUGGUGAAGACAUGUUCCCUCCUCUCCUGCCUCCCACGGAACAGGACCUCACCAAGCUUCUCCUGGAAGGGCAAGGGGAGUCAGGAGGGGGGUCCUUGGGGGCUCAGUCCCUCCUGCAGCCCUCCCUCUAUGGGCAAUCUGGGAUCUCACUGUCCCACCUGGACCUAAGGGCCAACCACAGUUGGUGAUCCCAGCUGGAGAGGGAGCCCAGCGAAGCAGCUCUUCUAUACCCCAUGGACCUGCUCUGGACACCUGCUUAUGCUCCUGCCAAACUGCAGGUGGGGAGGGUGUCCUCCUGUCCCCAUCUACUCCUCAGUCAGGAGUAAAGACUAUCAGAAUGCAUGGUGGGUGGAGCCAAUCCACGUCUUUCUUCCCACCACAAAUCCCGCCCCCUUCCACCUCCUUCCAGCUCUAGAAGGGAAGUUCAGGCUCCAAAGUGAGACACACCCCAACAUGCCUGCACUCAGAGAACACACAUGCACACAGCUUGCCUUGGAAGGUGGUGUUGAGCAGGAGGGGUGCUUGGCAGGAGCACAGGUUAGGGCACAGAGGGCUUCUCUACCCUCCAAGCCAGGGCCCCAAACACGUAUGUGGAAACACGCAGACCCAUUUGCACUAGAGGCCAGGGAGAGAGGGAACUGGGUCCAGCCCUGCAGAAUGGGGAAGCAGUUCAGGGGACCCUGGUUGGGAAGAGAGAAGGGGUCUGGACACACAGUUACUGACAAGGGUUUUGCCCAGAUUAAAAAAUCCCCCAAAGCUCUAGAUUCCUGUCAGCCAGAUGGAGAUUUCGGUACAUGUAUGAGGUUAGGCAGGACAAUGGCAGAGUUUGUAUACAGCUGUGUGAGAUGUGUGUACCUGAGGCCUGUUAAGGUAUAGAAGGCCCACAAAUAAGUUGUGUUAUGACCACAUAGAAACAUGUGUCAAUCUUUCUUUGAGAACACAAUUUAUGAGGACAGACGAUAUUGCACAAAUACUAGUGAGUGUGCUGGCCUCUCUGACAUGUGCUAACACAGAUGUACUCAGUUUUGAGCAUGACGUCCAAAUGGCUCUACGUGGUAGUGACAUCUGCACGUGGUUCAACACCUCCAAUGCUGCCUGAGAAAGGGGGGCAGAGUCCAGGCCCAGCCUCGUGGCCCUCAGUACAGUAGGGGUCCUGCCCACUGCAUCUUUUAUGCCUCCCACCUACUGCCAUCUUCCCUUCACUCCCCAUCCCAUGCCACCCUUUCUCCCUCAUAAGGAGGGACUAUAGAUCCUAAGCCAUAAAAUAAAUUUUAUUCCAAAAUAACAAAAUAAAUAAUCUACUGUACACAA